AUGAAUAGCCAGAUGAAAAAAAUGCGACAGAUGAAGCUGCUUAAAGAUUUGCGGCGGACCUUGAAAGCGGACGACGCCGCAGCCAAGCGACAGAAGAAACGAGUACAGGAGCGAGAAAGCCGGCAGUUGCAGGAACGUCCGGCAUCGGUUUCUUCAGGGGUGGGCGUCAGAAGUGGGGAAGAGACGGCCGCCGCAGCAGUUGUUGCGGAGCAAAAAUUGGCUCAGAAGCAAGGAAAGCUAGUACCAAGUCAGGCACUUCACACGACAUCCUCAGCAGGCAAGAAGACCGACGAAGUACUAGAGCAGCCAACGGAUUGCGAAGGGAGGAAAUCAAGUGGUAAAGAGCAAAGUGAACAAACAAGCUAUCAAAAAAUCGGUGCGAAAAAUCCACCGCGUGGCAGUUCCGAUGCGGUCGGCGAUAAAAAUUCAGCGAACUAUGCAAAAAACGACCGCGCCGCGUCAUCGAGGUCAAAACCGGAGAGCCAGCGCGGCAGCUGCUUCCUGGUGAAGACCAUGGUAAGUGACGAGUGGCAAACGUGCCCGUCCGCGUGGCAGCAGGUGACGGACCAGGUGCUGGUCAAGAGCGCGAAGUUUUCGAACAAGAAAGCCCUGCGGAUCUGGCAGCCGUUCUACUACGACGGGAAGUGCGCGGAGCACCUGAAGAAGUUCUGCGGGUUUCCGAACGUGCACCACAAGCCGGGGGAGGACUUCUUCGAAAAGGUGAAGGAGGAAAAGUUCUUGCGGACCGUGGACCUGAUCUGGGACAACCCGCCCUACACAAACCCGGAGAUGAAGCAGAAGGUGCUGCGGGCGUUGGUCGCCAGUGGGAAGCCGUUCUGCAUGCUGCUGCCCGUCGCCAUCUUACACGCGGCCUUCGUCCGCGAAAUCAUCAGCGACAUGUCGCAGGUCCAGGUGUUGUUGCCGCGGCGAGUCUGGGUCCGGAAGAAAAAUCAGAACCCCGUCCCGUUUAAGCUCCUGCUCUGGUUCUGCUACAAGAUGGACCUUCCAAAAGAUUUGUACUUUUUAGAGGACGUGGAAGAAAAGUGAAAAUAAGAAUGUUGUUUUCAUUCUACAUACUGGGAAGAUCACAUCAUUUACAGCGACACAUUGAUUCCAUCAAAGUACUAAGUACGCGUACGCGGACAU